AUGGAUAAAAUCAGUAAAAGGAAAAUAAGAGAUGAUACAAUUAACGAUGAUGAAUAUGAAAACAACAACAAAAAAAAAAAAAAAAAAAGUAAAAUAGAAAAAAAAUCUGUAAAUGAAAAGUUUAAUAGUAGCCUGAACAUUCAGAAUAAUGUGUUCAUAAAAAUUAUUAACGAAAAUAAAAAAAGAUUUGAGAGCUCUGGGAACAAUGAAAAUGUAUAUAGGAAGCUAAAGGCAAAUAUAAUUUCGUUGAACGUUUCAAAUGUCCUAAUGGAGCAUUAUGGUUCUUUUAUUUACUAUGAAAAAAACAAAAUUGAUUUUCUUCUACCGGAAUUAGACAACAUAAUUAACUCAUCAAAUAUAGACUUGUUGAAGGAACUCUGCAAAUUAUCCUUUUACCCAAUUUACAAUGAAACACUAAGCAAAAGAAUAACAGAAUGGUUAAUUAAAGAUAGAAACCAGAAUAAAAAUAUUAAGGAUGACAAUGAAAAUAUAAAUAUGUCUUACUUGUUUAGUUUAAAUAUUCUUCUGACAUAUUUAAUUUAUAAAAAUGAUGAUUAUUCUAAUUAUUCCUGCUUGAUAUAUCUUAAUUUGUUACAAUGGAUGCAAAAUGAUAAAAAAAGAUUACAAUUUCGUCUUUUCACACUAAAAGGGAUUCUAAAGAGAUUUUUGUUUUGUUCUUUUUAUUUUAACGACAAAGAAAUUGCCAAAAUAAAGAAGAUAGACAACGAGUGUGCAAUAAAUGAAGAGGAGCUAGAAGUUUUAAAAUGCAUAUUUAUGUCAUUACACGACAGUUUGGAAUAUAUGGACAUAAGCAACUUGCUCAACAUAAAUGACAAAAAUUGCAUUUUUGAAUUGAUUAAAUUUUUUCUCGAUUUAGUGAAAAGGCCUCUAAUGCAUUCACUGCACAUAUUAUGCAUCAACUAUUUAAUAAAGAUAGUAAAGAAAUGUUAUGAUUUUCAAUUUUGUUAUAAUAUUAACGUAGAAUUAUAUGACAUAGGUCCACAUGUAAAUAUUUUUGUAAAAAUUGUAAAUUUAAUUUUUGCUAAAAUUUUAUCUAUUUUAAAAGAUAUAAAGAAUGAUGAGAAUACAUACUGUAUUGAUGAAAUAAAUAAUAUUAACAGUUUAAUAGUUUUGUUUUUUACAAAUGUAAUAAAUAGCUGUAUUCGAAUCAUCAUACCACAAGUUUUGUUUAACGAUAAACUUAAGCACAGUUACUUAUUAACAAAUGAAAAGAAAAACGACAAAGAUGGCAAUACUAAAGAUGAAGAAGACUUUGAGGAUAAAGUAGUCGCAAACGCAUGUAACCCGAUGUUCUCGUUUAUAGAAAUAUUUAUAAUUAAUAAUGGCGAUAGACACGAAAAGAAUAUGUUUAUAGAUUUGAUCAAAAUACUAGUUAAAGAAUGCAGGAAAAUAGAAAGGAAGUAUAAUAUAAUGAAAAUCAUAGAUGAUGAUAUGACGAUGUAUAUUAAAGGGAAUGAUAAUAAAAAGAAACAAGACAAUUUGGUAGACAAGAAUUAUGUAAAAAUAAGAAAAAUAAGCAAGAAGAGAAUUGAUUCAAGUGCGUCCUUUAAUCUGUCGGAUGAAUACAGUUCUUCGGUUUACUCUGAAACGGAAGGGGAGGAUUUCAAUGAUUCAGAUAGCAAUGAUGCAGAUAGCAAUGAUGCAGAUAGCAAUGGUGCAGAUGGCAGUGAUGCAGAUGGCAAUGAUGCAGAUGGCAAUGAUGCAGAUGGCAAUCAUACGGAUGGAAAUGAUGCAUAUAACGGUGGAAGCAAAGAUAACGAAAAAGAUAUUGGAAAGGGAAUCAAAGACAAUGAAAGUGCGAACGAAGAAUGUCAGGAAGAGGCUGAAAAAGGGAAAGAAAAAGAAGAGGGAGAAAGACAUGAAAAAGCAAAGAAAGAGAGGAAAAAAAAGGUGGUGUUGAACCAAAUAAAAAAUAAAAGAAAGUCCGCUAUAAUAGUUGAUAAUAAAAAGUAUAUUAUUACAUACGAAUCGGUAAUGGUGAGAUAUUUAAAUAUUUUACUAAAAUAUUUUAACUGCGAAAAAUAUCAAAUAAGAAAUAUAAUCCUUGAUUUAUUUUUAGCUCUAAUAAAAAAAAAGAAAACUAGCAAAAAUGAAUAUAUUUUUCAGAAUUUGUUUAAAUUAUUUUUAGAAAGAUUAGAAGACCCUAAUAUGAUUGUAAAGGCAAAAGCGUUGUCCAUUUUGGUUAUCUUAACUAAUAGAAAAUACCAUAAUAAUAUAUUAGUAUAUAAAUUUAUAUUUAAUAAAACGAGAGAAAAAAUAAAUAUGUAUAAAAUAAUAUCAUCCAAUAUUUAUAGUCAUAGAAGUAAUAUAAGAAAAUUGACCAUACAAUAUAUAGAAGCAAUAUUUGAAACAUUAAUAAGUAGAAAAUUGAGUUACAAAAUUUUUUUAAUUUUUAUCUCGAAUUAUUUGUAUUCCUUAUCAUUGGAUGCUAUGUCUUCAGUAAGAAGGCAAGUUUUAUUAACUGUUAAUAACUUAUUUAUAAUUGCAAGUGAAGAUAUAUAUAUAGCUAAAAUAUGGCUAUCUAUAAUAUUUUCUGCAAUAACAGAUAUAGAAGAGACAAUAAAAGAUGAAGCUAUAUCUAUAUUUCUGAACACAUUUAUUAAGUCAUCUUUUCAAUGUACUAUAUUUAAUACCAGUGAAAAAAAAAUUAAACAAAUUUUAGAAAAAAAUAAAUUAUCCUAUUUUAAAAUAGACACUCACGCGGAUGGCAACACUGAUGGUCUCCCUUCCCCCAAUGUAGUGUAUGAAUUUGAAGAAAAUGAAAAUAUGCACAAAAUAAUAAACUCUUCAUUUCAUGAUAACGUAAAAAAUAGGGGGAAGUGCAUCCAUGAACAAGAUGAGUUUGUGGAGGGUAAUCAGCCUUUUGUUAGGACAUUUCGUCCAUCGGUACAUAGAACUACUCAGCAUUCUACUUCUAACAAAAUGAGUAACAACAGUUUUACGAAAAAUAUAGCAGUAGAAAUAAAGGGGAAAAUUAAAAGUGAAAAGAAAGAAAAAGAGGAGUAUGAUAAAAAUAAUGAUGGUGUAUUGCUUCUAAUCAAUAUAUGGAAAAGAUACAUAGAUAAGGACUUAAACAAUUUGUUUCUUACCAUUUUAAAGGUGAUGACAAAAUAUGACUUGUUAUAUUUUAAUAUGAUAAUAUUUUGUUUGAAAAAAAAAAAAAAUAAUAUGCUAGAUCAUUUUAUCCAUAUUCUGAACACAUUUGUAUACAAUAUGAGGUAUUUUUCAAUCAGAAUGUGCAAUACUUUUAUUCUCGAUUUUAUAAUCCAAUUAUCAAAACAUUAUCAGAACAAAAUUAAUAUAGAUCACAUUUUGUUUCUUCUGAAUAGAUGUUAUAAGAUAUACCUUAUGAGCAUAAAUGAAGUGGGGAACUAUACAGAAAUAGGGGAAGCAUCUCCAAGCAAUAACGACAAGAGCAAUAACAAAAAUGCUAGUAGGGGUGAUGAUUAUAACGGAAAAAAGAAUGAAAUGAAAACACAUGUAGAAGAAACGAAUAUAGUCAAUCAAAGAAAGAGAGAAGCACAUAAAGAGAAUGAGUUAGCAAUAAAUAUGGUUCCAAGUGAACAAACAGAUAUGGAUCUCGUGAGUGAUGAAAUUUUAAGAAAAGAAGAUUUAAUGUACGAAAUGAAUGUUUGUUCUAUGGGUGUUAUAAAAAAUAUCAUGUUAAAAUUGUUUACAAUUCUUUAUAAUUUAUUAGACAAUAUUAACGAAUUGAAUGAGGACUUUUUACAAAAAUUGGAAUACACAAUUUUUCAUUUCAACUGUCCUCUAUGUUUUAUAUAUAUAAUUUUAAAUAUAUUAAUUAAAAAAAAGAAAAAUGUAAAUGAUUUCAUAGAUAAACUAAAGGGAAAAAUAAUUUUUUUUUUUAAUAACAUUGAAACCCUUCCAUACAACACAGUAUUUUGCAAUGUUUUGGUAACGUUCAUAUUUUUAAUUGACCAUUUCAGGAAAUCAGACUCGUCGUUCCUGGCUACGGCUUGCCAUAAAUUAAGGCGGGUCUACGACAACACCGCUAAUGAUGGUAUUAGUGAGAGAAGCGUUGGCAAUGUUGCUGUUGGUGUGGAUAGUGUUGAUAAGGGCACUGGAAGUGCCAGAGAAAGACGUAAUGACUGUGGCAGUGGUGAUUGUAGUGAGGAGUUCUUCGAGGACCGGUGUAACAUUAUGGUUAAGAACUGCAUUUAUCUAACACUGAGCGUUUUGCUGAUAGAUAAAGGGGUACCUAUAAGAAAUGAACUAUUUUCAAAUUUUGAGCGAGAUUUAAAAAAUAGUAAUACUUCGAUGAGUAUACUUAACAAUUUGAUUAUUUUAACUUACUAUAUGGUCAUAAACUUUGGUAGUUCAUGUAACAAAUUUGUAUUUAUUCUAUUACGUUUCUUUAAACAUGAAAACUCAUUUAUUCGCUAUUUAUCUUUUUAUAUGUUAUCUAAGUUAAUAUCAGAAGACUAUGUAAAAUUUAAUAAUCAAUUUUUUUUUGGCUUUUUAUAUUUACUAGCUGACAAAAAUGAAGUGAUACGAAAACAGUCUUUGUCUGUUUAUAAGCACAUACUUUUAAUGUAUAAUAAAACUAAUUUAAUAAAUCAUAUUAUAGAAUUUAUAUUUGUCUUAAAUAAUUUUUUUAAUUUUAAGUUAAGUAAACAUCUAAGUAAUAUUGGUAACAGUUUUGAGAUAAAAAAUGAACAAGACAGGCAUAUGAUAUAUAGUCUUAUAUUAGAAAAUUUGAAAAAUAGUGAAAAAUUUUCUUUACAACAAAAACUAAUAAAUGAAUAUCUAAUACAAUAUGUAUAUAAUUAUGAUAACUACUACUUUUCCGAGGAUAAUUUAAAUGAAAAAAGGAACAAUAAACGAAGUGUUAUUCCACUAAAUAAUGAAGACAAUGAAAGUGCAGUGCUACUUGACGUUUUAAACAUACUAAGCUCCAAAUUAAUGAAAAUAAAAAUUAAAAAAGAUUUCGCCAAAUUAGAAGAAAAGAAUAAAAAUAUGAAAAUUAAAAAUGUAGAAAAUAGUGUAAAGGUAUUAAAUGAUCUUAUGAAAAAUAUUUUAAAAAAAAAUACUCUACCCAUCUUGCUAUCUUUGAGAUCUAUAAUGUUAAAGGACAAAUCAUUUUUUUUUAAAUACAUGAAUGAUCUAAUUAUUUAUUUGUGUCUUGAUUUUAAAGAUUCGCUGGACGAUUUAAUACCCGAUAUACAUGUAAAGAACGAAAUUCAAAACGACUGCCAAAAUUUUGUUCAUGUAGACGCGAUACACCUCCACACAGAACAAGCCGAUAUAUUUAACAAAUCCAGCACUAGUAGCAGCGGUGGAAGUAACAGAAGAGGAAAUAUCAGUAAUAACAACAGCAGCGCUAAUGUUCACAUUAACUUUUUCGAGCUCUCAUUAAAUCAAAUGACUGAGCAGAGAGAGGAAAGACAUAGGGAAGAACUAUUAGAAAAGAAAAGAGAAAAGGAGAAGCAAAAGGGGAAACGAACGGAUUUAUAUUAUCUGCAUGACAAUAGUUCAAGCGAUUACGACGAAGUUACAGAUGUUUUGCAUGGAAUACACAAUGGAGAAGAAAAUACAUCGAAAAAAAAAAAAAAGAGGAAAUAA